AUGUUUAUAUUAUCAGAAAUAUCAGAUUUAAUACGUAUACCACCUAGUUCAUUCAAUGUCCCCAUACAACAUUCUAUUUCUGAUGAAUUGAACAAAAAAUAUGCCAACAAAAUAAUUGCCAAUCUAGGUUUGGUAAUAACCAUAUGGGACAUACUCGACAUCAAAGAUGGGUUAUUGAAACCAGGAGAUGGUGGAUCAUAUGUUGAAGUGAGAUUUCGAAGUAUAGUUUGGAAACCAUUUCGAGGAGAAAUUCUAACUGGAUGGGUAACUGAAUGUACACCAAAAGGUAUUAAAGUUCGUAUGGAAUUCUUUGAUGAAAUUUGGAUUCCAAAAGAUUUCUUAUUUGAAAAUUGUCAAUAUUCAGAACUGGAACAAGCUUGGAUUUAUUUAUUGGAUGAAAAUGAAUUGUUUAUUGAUGUUAAUGAAAGAAUUAGAUUUAGAGUGGAAGAAGAAAACUUUUAUAAUGUUAAACCAAAACUAAAUGACGAACAAACUGAAGAAGAAAAGAAGGCUACUACUUUACCUCCGUAUACCAUAACUGCAUCCUGUCAGGAUUAUGGUAUGGGAUGUGUUUCUUGGUGGGAUUAG